GUUCUUGUUUCUUUUUGAUAUCAAACAUCUUUUCUUAUCAUUUCAUUUUCACACAUGGAAUGGAAUCCAUCAAAACGCUCCCUCAAACAUUCGAUGAAGAUGCAACCAAAAACAACCCAUUGAUGAUCUUUGAUUCAGCUGACUUAAAUAAUAAAUCAGACAAGAUACCUCAAGAGUUUGUAUGGCCCGACCAUGAUAAACCCUCUACAAACGUUCCGAUCCUCCAAGUCCCUCUCAUCGACCUCGCUGGUUUUCUCUCUGGCAACCCAUUUUUGGUCUCGGAGGCUACAAGACUAGUGGCGGAAGCGGCAAAGCAACAUGGUUUCUUCCUAGUCAUCAACCAUGGAAUCGAUGAGAAGCUCUUGUCUGGUGCAUGCACACUAAUGGACAAAUUCUUCAAGUCACCGAGUUGUGAGAAACAUAAGGCUCAGAGAAAGUGGGGCGAAAGCUCGGGUUAUGCUAGUAGCUUUGUUGGAAGAUUCAAAAAAAAUCUCCCAUGGAAGGAAACGCUGUCGUUUGCAUUCUCCCCAGGGGAGAAGAGUGAGAACCACUCCCAAGAUGUUAAAGAGUUCAUCGUUAAGAAGAUGGGUGACGAAUACAAAGAUUUUGGGAUUGUUUAUCAAGAAUACGCGGAGGCCAUGAGCGAUCUUUCACUAAAGAUCAUGGAGCUUCUUGGAAUGAGUCUUGGCAUCAAUAGGAGCCAUUUCAAAGAGUUUUUCGAAGACAAUGAGUCGAUAUUUAGAUUGAAUUACUAUCCACAGUGCAAGCAACCUAAUGUUGUACUAGGGUCAGGACCGCACUGCGAUCCAACAUCUCUAACCAUACUUCAACAAGACCAAGUCAACGGUCUUCAAGCUUUCGUGGACAACCAAUGGCAAGCAAUACUUCCUAACCCUCAAGCACUGGUGGUAAACAUUGGCGACACUUUCAUGGCUCUAACCAACGGAAUAUACAAGAGUUGCUUGCAUCGAGCCUUAGUGAAUAGCAAAACCGAAAGAAAGACACUUGCAUUCUUCCUUUCUCCAAAAAUGGACAAAGUGGUGAGGCCACCAGCGGAAUUAGGAGGUGAAAGAGCAUAUCCAGAUUUUACAUGGUCUAUGCUUCAUGAGUUUGUAAUGAAACAUUAUAGAGCAGAUGAGAGCACGCUUGAUGAGUUCACAAAAUGGCAUACGAACAGAGAAAGUUUCUGACAAAAUAGCCGAAAAAAAAAUUAUAGUGUGCUGUCGCUAGUGCAAUGCUGAGGGGUUUUGGAGCAAAAUAUUAGUUUAUUAAAGAACUAUAAUUUAGUUAUAAUGAUAUGUUAUAUUAUAUAUUGAAAAUACAUUAAUAUCAAAUAUAAAAUGGUAAAACAAAAUAUUUAAAUUUAAUUAAAAUAUGAUAAAUGAAACUGUAUAUAAAUUUAUAUAAUAGAUGAAAAUAUGAAUAUAUAAAAUGAGUUAAAUUCUUUUGAUAAUUUAUACAUGAAAAAAUCAAUAGAAAGACAAAAACAGUUAAAUAUAUAAAGUAUGAUAAUGGAUACAUUUACAAUAAAUAAAACAAAUAGAAAAUGAAAUAAAUUAUCUUAAAGAGAUUCUUUUUGUACAUCUAACAAAAUUAUGAAGUUAAAUGCAUUUUGUUUAACUAAGUACACCAAAUAACAAAGGAAAUGAAACCCCAAAAAUUAGUGUUUUAGAAGGGGCCUGAAGUCUGUUGCCUUUUUUUCCAUGCCUAUGGCACGGCUCUGGCUGUCGCAUAUGAAGUAUUUAAGUUUCAUAAAUGGUUUUUCUUAAAUACUAUUUUUGAAGCUUUUCUUUUUUUUUUUUUUGAAUUGAAUAUUAAAUUGAAUUCAAAAGAAAAAGACCUUUUUACAUUAUGUGUCCUUUCCUAAACUUUUGUGUUAACUUCUAUCCCUUUCCUAUAUCAACUUCACAAAUUUUCCAAAAAUUAUAAAACUUCUAUCUUGUAGCAAACCAAUACUGCAUCCCUUCUCCCAUCUUGAAAUCACCUCUUCUUUGUAUAAUGGUAAGCUUGUUCCUCAUAUUUUUAUCCAGCAACUUUGCUAAGAGUAUCGAUGGAGUUGCAGCCUCUCCAUGACGUCUCCUAUUCCUCUCUCUCCAUAUCAUAUACACUGCUGCUUGAAACAUAUAUUUUAUAAGGAACAACUGCAUCUUCCCCCUUGUCAAAUCUCUCAUU